AUGACCAUGGCCGCUCGUUUCGGUCUAGAUGGGGCCCACGAGCACCGUCCGGCGCCGGUCUUCUAUGACCUUACCGGCAACUCGGACUCAGAGACAGAGACUCUGCCAAAAUUCUCACCUAUCAAAGAGGAUGCCUCACUAGUGGCGACUUUACCACGUCGCUCAUCUUCAACACUCCGACUACCGCAAAAGCGGAUGAUCGAUGAUAUUUCUUCCAAGGACAUUUCGCCUUCUCCUCAAUCAACCCAACAUCAAUUGCCCGAUCAUCAAAACAAUCAGUCUCUUCCGACACUCCAGCCACCGAGCAGGUUCAAGACUCCCAGCCCCGCCCCGCGGGCCAACGUUGAAGUGGUCAUCCCGUCGCCGUCUCCGCGACAGCAGAAGCUAAUUAAGACGCUGAAACCGGCCGAGUCUCCUCACGAUGGCUUCUGGGAUCGCCGGUUCCCGACCGACGCCGAAGAGCGUGAAAAGGCAGCCUUGCGGGCGUACCCUCAAGCGCGCAGGGUAGAUCGAAGCAUCAUCUCAUUUGCUCUAGCGCCUAGGCAUAUGCCCCAUACUUCUAUCACCCCUGCGCAGGCGUUGCGCUAUGAACUUAACCAAAAGCUGAAGCGCAUCAGUGGACCACAAGUAUCGUUUGAUAUGGACGACGAGAAAGUUGCGAUGCUAUCCGCCAACUUCGGUUUUUUGAAUGAGUACAAAUUGCAAGACGGCAUUACUCGUGCGGACCCGGCAUUCAACGCAGGAUGCACCUGUAAUGGUCCUUGCGAUCCCGAGUCGUGCGACUGCGUCGAAAUGGAAGAGGAAGAGGACAAGCCGAUCUUGACAUAUAGACGUGUCCAUGACAAAGUCGUUCUUGGGUCGGAAUUCCUCAAGAGGAAACGCCACCCUCGGAUCUUAGAGUGCAACGAAGCCUGUGGAUGCCAGGGCAAAUGCUGGAACACUGUCGUCCAGCGAGGGCGAAAAAUCAGACUUCAAAUCUUUGACACCGGGGGUCGUGGACUCGGUCUUCGAUCUCCAGACCCGAUUGUCGCCGGUCAAUUCAUUGAUAUCUACCUCGGAGAGGUAAUCAGUAAGAAAGAAGCCGACGCCCGCGAGAACACGGAUGAAAAAAAUCAAUCGUACCUAUUUACUCUCGACCACAACCGAAACGACGGCGCUGUGAUCGCAGAGUACGGCGAAGACUAUGAUGACUUCUACGUGGUGGAUGGUCAAAAAUUCGGCUCUCCCACAAGGUUUAUGAACCAUUCUUGCAACCCUAAUUGCAUAAUCGCCCCCGUCUACACCACGAAUCACGCCGAUCACCUCGUCUAUUACCUCGCUUUCUUCGCUCUCCGCAACAUUCAGCCGAAGACCGAGCUAACAUUUGACUACAACCCAAAUUGGGACGGUAAGAACAAGAUCGAUCCCAACGCUGUCCAAUGUCUUUGCGGGGAGCACAACUGCCGCGGCCAGCUAUGGCCUAAUGCACGCAAAAAGGGCCUAAAGAUCUAA